CGGUGUCAAAGUGGUCGCGUGGAGCGGCGUCGUCCGGCGUCGCGACGCCAGUUCGACGCGAUCCCGAGGACGAGGCUGACGCGCGCUCCCCCGGCCUAUUAAGUUUCGCGAAAAAGUUUCGACGCUCCUUUAUCGAUGUGGAGGCUGACGUACCUGCUCGUGCUGGUCCCGAUGAUCUGGAGCGUCGCGUCGCGACCGAUGGAGCCGGCCGAGUGGCUGCACAUCCUGGAGCACACACAGCGGGUCAGCGACGGCGGAACGGACGUGUUUCGCGCGUUCGACGAAGCUCACGGACGGGAUUUGAGUAAUACGGAGGGAAUGGAGCAGAAGGAGGAGGAGGAGGAGGAGGCGAACGGCUUCAUCUCGUCGGCAGACAAACGCGCAUUGUCGAUGUUUGCUCGCUGGGGUUCCGUCAACAGCAUCGGCAAGGAGCGAUCGCCCAUCAGGAGCGGAUAUUCCGCGGGAUCGAUGGAGUCAAUCAGCACCCAAACGAGGAGUCGCAUGCUGGGCCAGCCCCUGCGGUGGGGCUAAAAAUGGCGUCCCGACGACGACGGCGGCGCCUCUGCGUGACGUAACACCAUCAUCAAAAUGAAAUUCCUACACAGGGUACGAUCGUAACAACGAAAAAGGAACAAAAAAAAAAUAAGAACG